UUCUUUAAAAGUAAAAAGCAUGCUGCUUGGCCUGACUAGCUAAUGUGUACCUGUAUCUGGUAAACAAUCUGUUUCUUUCAAAUUCUGACCAUCGUGGGAUUGAGCUCUCUUUGCUCUGAUGAGCCACUUUCAGAAAUUAUGGCUUCCUCCUUUUCAUCUGAAGUACAUAACCCUGACCUUACAGCACUGCUUGGAGAAAAAAGCAAAACAUUAGGCAGCCAGCUUAUUCUAGCCAAAGAAGGAAAAGACCCCUUGGUUCUUCUAGAUAUGAAAAAGCUGGAUUCAUCUCAAGGGACCAAUAAGGACAGAGUAGACACUCUGGUUUCUCUUACAGCUGGCAGUCCUUGCAACCACCCUUCCAUUCCAGACAGUUUCCCAGAGCAGCCUGCUUUUCUCUCAAAGGAAAUUGGUUCAGCAGAAGAGUGGAUAGUUAAAGACCAAGAACCCAAGAACCCGAACAAGGUUGCAAGUGAAGAGGACAGACGUGCACUGGAUCUUGGGCAGUCUAAGACAGAACACAUUUGUACAUAUUCCUUGUCCCCAUCUGAACUUUCAGGAGCUAGUGUCGAAAAAGAUUCUCCUGAGUCACCAUUUGAAGUAAUUAUUGACAAAGCAACUUUUGACAGAGAAUUUAAAGAUUUGUAUAAGGAAAACACAAAUGAUUUGGAUGGAUGGGCAGCUCACAGUGAUAGAGAAUCCCCUGCAGACUUAUUGGAAAUGAAUGACAAAGUGUUUCCCUUGAGAAAUAAAGAGGCAGGGCGUUACCCAGCCUCUGCACUGCUCAGUAGACAGUUUUCACACACUACAGCAGCACUGGAAGAGGUGUCUAGAUGUGUGAAUGAUAUGCAUAACUUUACUAAUGAAAUACUGACUUGGGACUUAAUUCCCCAAACAAAACAACAGGCUGGUAAAUCAUCUUGUACCACAAAAAGUACAGGACUAGACAGGAAUGAACAUCACUCAGAGAUUCCAGUUAUAAAUCUUAAAACAAACACUCAUCAGAAAAUGCCCAUAUGUUCUCCUAAUGGAAACACUCCCAUCACCAAAUCCACAGAUGACUGGGCAGAAGCAUCUUUCUCUCCAGAAAACAUUGCUGGAAAACCUGUAAAAGACUACCACCUCAGCUCCACAAAAGCCAGUGACAGAGGUGUGUCAGGCAGUUCCCAACCACUUCUGGAGCCACCUGGCUCUGUGCCUGAGAAAUGGGUCUCAGGCUCUGGAGCAGCCACAGUAGAAGUAGCUUUACCUGACCUGAGGGAUGCCUGGCCUAACUGUGUGCUGGGAGAAGUCACAGAGGUUGAUAGUUCUGGGGAGUCUGAUGACACAGUCAUAGAGGAUGUCACAGCAGAUCCGUCAUUUGAGACCAACAAAAUUCUGCCUGAAAAACCUGACUCCCUUUCUGGUACUGAUGCAAAAAUAAGUGCAAGGGAUAUCAAAGAGACUCCCACUUGUGAAACUGUGAGGAGUGAAAUGUGUGAAAACUCAGAAGAGCCAAGCAGUGCCUCUGAGCUGCUUCAGGCCCAGCCAAAAACUUCUCAUAGAAGGAGUCUGGAAGGUGAGGUGUGCUCACAAGUACCUAAUACUCUGAAUGAAGUUGCACCUGAAAAGCCUGCUAUGGCUGACAACCCCAAAGUUCCUUCAACAGCACCUCCAAAUGUUCUUAGUGAGACAGGAUCCCCACUGACUGUGACAGCUUCUGCCAACUUGGAGUCUUUGCUUGGAAAAUAUGUUGACGAUACAGAUGGCUCCUCCCCAGAGGACUUGCUGGCUGCAUUCACAGGAGCCAGGGAAAAAGGACUCAUGGGUAAAGAUCAUAGCAGCUUGGAAGCAGUGUUAGAGAAGACAGCAGACUUUAAAAAUGCUUUGCCUAUGGAACUCUUGCAUGAACGUGAACUAGGUGGUUCUGAAACCAAAUACAGUGAACACAGCAAAGAAACAAAUGGCGGUGAGCUGAGUGCACUCUCUCCUCAAGGUGCCCUCCGGGUGUCUCCUGACUUAGAGCAGGAACAGCUCACCAUAAGAGCCAUUAAAGAAUUAGGAGAAAGGCAGGCUGAGCAGGUGCAGGCUGAAGUAGCAGCUCCUGGAGGAAAACUCAAGCAAACCUUUGCUCCACAACCUUGGCCACAGAGGUCAUCUGACAUCCUAGAAUACACAGAUACUGAGACUGCAUCUGAUUUGGGGAUUGCCAAAAAGCCCUCUAUCAUCAAUGACACUAGAGUAGAUCCUAUUUCCAGCCUUAGCAAGACUGAAACGGUUAACAAGCAUGUCCUAGCAAGACUUCUGUCUGACUUCUCAGGUAACCAUUUACACCAGAAAUUCUGCAUGUGGUUAAUUCUGCUGUGAUUAUCAUUCUGCUUUGUGCCCUGUACAUAAAAGCACCUUUCCCUCUGUGUGUGUGUGUGUGUGUGUGUGUGUGUGUGUGUGUGAGAGAGAGAGAGAGAGCGCGAGAGAGAGAGAGAGAGC